UCUCACUGUAACUAUCUUUUCCUAUUCAUAUCUUUUCUUUUUGCCUCAAAUCACCGGAUCUCUAGGAUUUGUGUUAGCUAAAGGUAUGCUAUAGCCGUAUGCGCGUAUAAGGGACUUACAAACGUGAAAGAAGCUCUGCGCUCAGACUCUCUCUUAUUGCAAGAAGCCAUAUCAUCAUUUUAUAUAAUAAUGCUAGUCUAGUCUUGCUUUUCAAAAUGAGUGGACUUUCGCAUUCUGUUCUGUUGGGUCAAGCCCCUCCUGUUUUCAGGAUUAACCUUUCACUUCCUCCAUCAGAACGAUACGUGGCACUGGCUUGUCUUUACAAAGAUCAGAUGCGAUCCAUGCGAGGAAUAUUCGACGACCUGAUUACAUCUGUUUCUCCAAAAAUCCCAUUGAAAUUGGUUCAUUGGCUAGCUUACAUGUGCUUGCGGAGACUGUAUACAGACGAAGAAACAGAAGAAAUUCGGGGCAUUAGCCUUGCGACAGACAUCGAUUUGUACCUCCUUAUUUGCCUAAAUACAGUACUCGACCUACUUAUGGGCUGCACGAGUGGCGGGGCACGAACAAAGUCUGCGUCCCAAACAACAAAAAUGCUUCAUUUCAGGACUUUAGACUGGGCCAUGGAUCCGCUGCGCGACUUGAUCGUUCAGCUCGACUUCUAUCAAAACUCUGAUCCGCAGGAGGUUCUUGCUACGAGUAUCACCUAUGUAGGAUUUGUAGGCGUUCUCACCGGCGUGCGGAAAGACUUGAGUGUCUCGCUCAAUUUUCGACCCAUUCAUGACCCAACGCACGACUUUGCUUUCUACUCCAAUCACAUACUCGUGCUUCUUGGAAUACGUCAAUCUGUCUCGUCACUCCUAAGGGAGUGCAUUUUCUCUCGUUUUUCACCAGCAACUCGAUCUAGGAAGCCAGACCUAUCAACUUUAGACAGUAUCGUUGCCAAUAUGCCUAGCAUACCGACGACAGCAGCGUAUUUCAUUUUCAGUGACGGGGCAAGAGCUGUGACAAUGGAGAAGGACCAUCGAACGGCAGAAGUACGAUCAUCCUCGUCAUUUAUCGUUACCACAAACCACGACCAGAAGCCAGACUCCGUACAAUCUGAGCAAGCUCUGACUGCAGAUAAAAGGAGAAGGCACCACGUAGGGCUAUCAUUGAUGUCAUCUGAUGCACAGGCUUUAUCGGAUUUAUUAGAAGAUAGUACCGAAAGACGAGACUGCAUACAAGCGAAAUGGGACAACAAACUUCAGAAGCAUGCACGGAUAAAAGUGGUCGAAAAAGUUGGUGAAGCUCAAACAACGCGGUCAUCAUUGCGCUUGAGGCAAAAGCGAGAAGAGGAGAGAUUGAAACAUGAAAGUCGACAAGCCUCAGAACCCAUCUCCCUAGACAAUGAUGAUAUGGCUGUAACGCAAAGAGAAUUACUUUCAUGGCUCACGACAUAUCCAAUUCUGAAUGAGUCAACUCACUAUGCCACGAUUAUGGACCCAUCUAAAGGCAAGGUGGUUUGGGCAAAACGGUAUGACCCCGAUGAAUUGGAGUUAUUCUAGAUUAGUACUUGACUUUAUAAAGUGAUGUAAGAUGCAGAAUUCUAGUAGGGAGCAGGCAAGAGACGACGUUGGGGUGCGUUUCAUUUCUAGAAUUGAACAUUUACCUAACUAUGUAUUCUAAUCCCCGAAGUUGAAUAGGCGAAAUAUUCAAUGCAAUAGGGCUGCCUAUUGGCACUAUUUGGAGAUCAUGUAUCC